AUGAAAAAUAUUCACACGGGUCAUAAAAGGCCUAGAAAUAGAAAAAUAAAAUUAUACAUUUCAUAUUUAAAUUUAUUAAUUAGUAUUUUUGUAAUAACUACAUUAUUUGUAAAUAUAAAUGGAACAGAAUCUGAUGAAUCGGGCACUUCAGUCGAUGAUGAGGAACCUGUCUUUUCACAGUCAGCCCAGCAUUUAUUUAAAAACGAAAAUUCUAACGAGGAUGCUGAAAAGCAUCCAAUUCUAGAGGCUUCUAGCCCUUCCAAAAAUCAUAGACAACACCGGAAAAACCCUCCACCUUUUGUACUAGCCGAUGUACAACUCUCAUGCGCAGAAGGAUGGGAACGAUUUGAGGGAAAGUGCUAUAAACUCAUUUCUAUAGAAAAGUCGUGGCCUCAGGCCCUAGCCUUCUGUUCCCGCUUUGGAGCCAAACUGGUCCGUCUUGAAUCUUCCGAGGAAAAUAAAUUUUUGGCAAAAUAUUUGUUGAGACCACAUUUAACAUCUGGUCCAACAACUUCCUCUUCUGAAUAUUGGAUCGGUCUUUUAUAUAGACCUUUAAUGAUGGAUUCAUCAAUUUCAUCCUCUUCAUCCCACUCAAAAUCUUUAAUGGAUGGCUCUUUUCUGUGGAGCGAUGGUUCGCAGACUUCUCGCUAUGUUGGCUUUUGGUCCUAUGGACAGCCUGAUCCUGCAAAUGGAAGUUGCACAAAAAUACUUGUAGAUGGCCUGCAAAUAGAAGGACCAACAUGGCAAUUAGAUGUCUGUAAUCAACUUAGGCCAUUUAUCUGCGAACAGAAUGCUUGUAUUAAAGGAUCUUUUUUCUGCCAAAACGGUGUAUGCCUCCCUGAACGCGCCCAUUGCAAUGGGAUUGAUGAAUGUGGUGAUUCUAGUGAUGAGUUUAACUGUCCAUCAGCCCAUAGUGAAUUGUCUUGUCAACGAUACGAGAAAGGGGAAUCUGGACGUAUUGAAACACCCAACUUUCCUGCAAGUUAUAGACAAGGUGCCAACUGCCGUUGGGUUAUAGAGGGACCGCUUAAUUCGAAAAUUCAGCUAAAUUUUGACUCCUUCGAGACUGAAGAACGCCAUGAUUUAGUUACUGUAUUAGAUGGAGGUCCUUCAGAAAAUUCUACUUUUGCUCUAUCAACAAUUUCGGGUACCCCUCGUAAUACAGAAAAGCUCUCCUUUGAAUCAAGCACAAAUAGAAUGAUAGUCCAAUUCAGAGCGGAUCAGAGCAUUCAAGCUCGAGGAUUUCAAGCUAGUUGGAGAACUGUUCCAAUAUCUUGUGGAAAUCAGCAGCUCAAAGCCUCUUCAAUUGGCCAGCAAUUUCACAGUCCAGAAUGGCCCAGAAAUUAUCCUAAAGGCUUAGAAUGUGUUUGGCGUAUAGAAGCACCUUCGGGCCAAUUAAUUUCUCUAUUUAUUGAUGAAUUCAACACUGAAGCUGAGACUGAUUUCUUAACAAUUUAUGAUGGACCGAGUCCUUCUGAGCCUAUACUGGCUAGAUUCAGUGGACAAAUGAAGGAACCUCAACUAAUAAUUUCAACUCAAUCUCAAGUCCAUAUCUACUUCUUCAGUAGCGAGUCUGUUUCUCAAAAAGGCUUUACUAUUACAUACAAAAAAGGCUGUGACAACUCUAUCCGUCGCUCACACGGAGUCUUAACAUCGCCCGGAAAUGCACAUUUGCCCUAUGCUCCUUCACAAAUUUGUCGAUGGAGUAUAGAAUUACCCUCUCAACAAAUCGAAAACUUUGAAGCUGCAGCAGAAAUUCCAUCAUUGUCUUUAGUUUUGAAUUCGUGGGAUGUUGCCGAUUUAGGCGAUAAAUUACAGAUUUAUGAGGGAGGUGAGGAUGGAAGUAGCAAUGGGAGACCGUUGCAUGAAAGUGAUGGUUGCCCUCCUCUCUCAUUACCCUCCCGUCGUGUUCUCCUCUCCACUAAAAACACAGCCUAUGGUACCCACGUUACUAUAAGUUGUGAAAGAGGCUUUGAAUUUUCAACGGGGCUCGGCAGGCAUUUCGAAACAGAAUGUGAAUUGGGAGGUCUGUGGAGCAAUUAUGCACCUGUUCCAGACUGUCAACCCGUGUACUGCUCGACAAUUCCUCAAAUAGCUAACGGCUUUGCUGUCUCAGCAACCAACGUCUCGUAUGCUGGAAUGGCUCGCUAUCAGUGUUAUGAAGGGUUUAGCUUUGCUUCUGGGAAGCAACAUGAAGAAAUAUUUUGUACAGACGAAGGCCGUUGGACACAAUCGCCCAAAUGCAAAAGUCCUUGGAACAAUUAUUUCCCCUAUUUCAUAUUUUACGUUUCAGCUGAUGCCUGUCCCGCACUCCCAUCUUUUGUCUCCGGUGAAAGAAUUCUUCAAUUUGGGGACGGCAUAGGCUUCGGCAGCGUUUUCCAAUUUCAUUGUGCGAAGGGUUACUUUAUUGAGGGUCCUUUAAGCAUUGUUUGUCGUCCGAAUGGAGAAUGGUCCUCUCCACAGCCUCUUUGUAAAAAAUUGACUUGUACUGAUAUCCCAAUUGUCGAAAAUGGUGAACUACAUUUAUUGCCUAGCAAUAAUAUGGUUACGGAUGAAAAAUCCAUCAAGGAUAAAAAAUUAAAGGAUCAAACCAAGAGCUUUGGAUCUAAACAAAAAAUGGAAUUUAAAACUAAAAGAAGUAUGGUAAUUCGAGAGUUGCAAUUUGGAGACUCUCUACGAGUUGAGUGCCAUUCUGGUUUUCAGUCUGUAGGAGCGGAAACACUUAAAUGCUUGGCUAAUCAAACACUUAGUGGAAUUCCGAAAUGCCGCGAUAUCGAUGAAUGUGAGUUACAAUCUGCAGGAAAUUGUGCCACAAAAUCAACAACUUGUGUGAAUAUGCCAGGCGGUUUUCAUUGUCAAUGUCAACCUGGAUAUAAACCAAAACUGGACUGUUCUGGACCCCUGUCUAUUAUACCAACAAAAAUACAAACAUCACAUGGUGUGCCAAUACCGGUUCAACAGCUCAAUUCAAAAAAUGGAUGGUGUGCAGAUACAACAAUAACAAAUGCUCAAAUGCUUGAAAAACGGAUAAUGCCCUUUAAUGAGUCAAUUAGUAGCAGCUCUCCAUCAACAAUUUUAACUUUGAUAUUCACUUUCCCCGUGCCAAAGAUAAUCGAAAAGCUGCAUCUUGAAAAAGUUGUUGUUCCCAACGCUUCUGCCCCUUCUGGAAUUGCUGGGGCAAUCGCAGCAACACCCGAAGCUUGGCCUCAACGUUUUACGCUUUCUUAUUCAAUUGAGGAAGGAAUGCCGUUUGAAGUGUAUAAUGGAGGACUUGCUGAAUUGGGAGGGAAUAACAACAUUACUUCAACUAACGAGAAUAAAAAAUCUAAUGAAAGAAAAUUAAAUACUCCAAAUACUAAAGAGAUUAGAACAAGAGCUUUAGGUAUAAUAUAA